AAAGAGUUGGUUAAAGUUUUAUACGCAAUCUUAGCUCAUGCAAUAUGCUCCUGCCAUCAUUUCAUGAUAUAUCUCUCUCAUUUCUUUACUUUUAGCCCAAAAAUAUGUAUAAACUCUAAACUUCUUUCUCAUGCAAGCACUGCAUUUCACCUACCAAAUAACAAAAACAAACCAAGCUUUCCUCUACAUAUAAAAUGAAACAUAAUUGACAAGGAGUCGAUUAAAAUUUGAAUUCUUCAUUCAAUGAGAACGUAGAAAUCAAGAUUUUGUUGUUUUGUUUCUUUUUUUUUUUUUACUGAUCAGAUAGUAGUUUAAGGAUGAGGUAAGUAUGAUGAUGCAGUUAAGCAUUGCUAUCAAUUCAAACUUGUAUGCACCUUUGCUUUUUUUUUUUUUGGUUGUGUCUUGCAUUCUUCGCUUGUUCUUUUUCCUAUCUUAUUCAGUCAAAAGAAGCAGCCACAACGAUAUUGGAUCUGCCAGGUCAUUUAGGAUGAACAUCUUUCAAAACCUCAUGGAUAGACUAAGACAGCUCGUGGGUCCCAAAGGAUGGGAUUAUUGUGUUCUCUGGAAACUGAGUGAUGAUCAAAGGUUUAUUGAGUGGGUGGAUUGUUGUUGUGCUGGAACUGAAAGUAUAGAAAGCGGUGGAGAACUUCAAUUUCCUGUUACUCCAGUCCUCCCUUGCAGGGAUGUUAUGUUUCAGCAUCCAAAAACCAAAUCCUGUGAACUGCUUGCCCAACUUCCUUCUUGCAUGCCCCUAGACUCCGGAAGUACUCAUGCACAGGCCUUGAUAUCGAACCAACCCAAGUGGUUAAACUUCUCUAAUAACUCAGCUUCAAAUGUUUUAGAGGAAAUAGUUGGAACUAGGAUUUUGAUUCCAGUUGCACAAGGACUAAUUGAGCUUUUUGUUGCCAAAUCAGUAUGUCAAGAUCAAAAUGUCAUGGAUUAUAUUGUCACCCUCUGCAACAUCUCACUAGAGCAGGGCGCAAUGAUGAAUUCAAGCAGCAUGGAUACACAUUUCACUAUGCUAAACGCCCAAGCACUGAAUCAACUUCAAGCAAAGCCUCAUUUAGGGAAUGAGAAUGAUCAAAAGGAUCCCCCCAAUCAUUUCCAGCCACCGGUAUCUUUGGCAACAGCACUGGAAACUCUAAACCUACCAUAUGAUAUCUCUGUUGAUCAAAUUCGACCAACAAAUUCCCUGCAGCAGUAUAAUUACUUUUCAGAAGAUAAGACCAAGAUUGAUGCACUUGUUGAAGGAUCUCACGAUAUAUUCCUUUCAGACCAGGUAAUUAACCCAUAUAAGUCUUCAGGAGAUAAUGGUCUUCAAGAGAUGGAUCCAUUGAAUUCCAUGAUGACCAAUGAAUCAAUCGUUAUCCAAGGAAAUGAAAAGGACUCUAUAAAACAAGAGAAUGGACGAUCAGAUUCACUUUCGGAUUGCAGUGAUCAGAAUGAUGAUGAAGAUGAUGCAAGGUACCAAAGGCGGAAAGGGUCCAACGGGCAGUCCAAAAACCUUGUUGCUGAGAGGAAAAGAAGGAAAAAGCUUAAUGAGAGACUCUAUGCUCUUCGCUCUUUGGUUCCCAAAAUUUCGAAGUUGGAUAGAGCUUCCAUCCUUGGAGACGCAAUUGAGUUUGUGAAGGAGUUGCUAAACCAAGUGAAAGAACUCCAAGAUGAGCUUGAAGAACAUUCAGAGAACGACAUUGGUGCUAAGAAAACAGGCAUGAAUGGAAUCCACAAAAAUGUUCAAUCUGAGAUUUUCUCACAAAAUGAACAAAUCCCUGUCGAUUCUAAUCCUGAACAUGAUAAAGGACCGAAUGGCCUUCCUGUUGGAGGUAAUGGCAGUGUCUCAAAGCAAAACCAAGAUGCGGAAAUUACUACUGACAAGACACAGCAGAUGGAGGCACAAGUUGAAGUUGCUCAAAUAGAUGGAAACCAGUUUUUUGUUAAAGUUUUUUGUGAGCACAAACCUGGCGGUUUUGUAAGAUUAAUGGAGGCUUUGGAUUCAUUUGGCUUGGAAGUAACAAAUGCAAAUGCAAACAGCUGCACAGGCCUUGUGUCAAAUGUUUUCAAAGUAGAGAAAAAAGAUGGUGAGAUGAUUCAAGCUGAUUAUGUGAGGGACUCAUUGCUGGAGCUAACCCGAAACCCUUCCAAGGGGUUGUCUGAGAUGGCAAAAGCAUCAGAGAACAACAAUGGUAUUGAAUGUAAUUAUCACAAUCAGCAGCAGCUCCAGCAUCACCUCCACAAUCCCCAUAUUAGUUCCCAUCACCACCACCUCCAUCACUGCCCAAAGCAAGCGGCAUGACCUUUCUUCAAGCUGU